UAAACACUGUUAACCUUGGACCUAAGAGAUAGAUACACAACAAUGUACAGGAGCUCGUGCACAUCAUUUCAAUCUUUCACCUGGGCCCAAGGAAAAAAAGCAAGAUGGCAGCGCCCAUGGCAAAGAUUGAGUACAAUGUUCAGAUGACAUGCCAGAGUUGUGUGACUGCAAUAAGGAACAGCCUGGAAGGACAAGAUGGCAUACAGUCCUUCAGUAUUGAUCUUCCAACUGAGACGGUUGUGGUUGAGACAAGUCUCCCAUCACAGGUCAUACAAGACAUCAUGGAGACAACAGGUCGUCGCGCUGUCCUGAAAGGAAUGGGCAACACCCUUGGACAGAGCCUUGGAGCGGCAGUUUCCAUCAUGGAUCGAAAGGACACCCCUGUGACCGGCAUGACCAGGAUAGUCCAGUUGAAUGAAGACACGUGUUUAUUUGAGGGAACUAUUGAUGGACUCCUACCAGGGGAACAUGGAGUCUUUGUCCAUGAGUUGGGGGACAUGUCUGAAGGCUGUGAGAGCUGUGGGGAUGUAUUGCAAGAUUCAAAUGGACAGGUUAUUGGUAACCUUGGUAUGGUCACUACCGGGAAAGAUGGACGGGCCACAUUCAGAUGGGAGAACAAGAACGUGAAGGUGUGGGAAAUGAUCGGACGAUCACUGGUCAUACAUUCCAAAGACGACAAAAGGUUGAUGAAAAAUACGGACAACUUUGGCAAAAAGGAGGACUGCAGAGUUGCAUGCGGCAUCAUAGCAAGGUCAUCAGGACUGUUCCAGAACCCAAAGAAGAUUUGUUUAUGUGACGGUGUCACCCUCUGGGAUGAGCGAGAUGUACCAUUAGUUGGCCCGGAACGCCAAAAGAAGGCGAUGGCAAAUCUUUGAACAAAUUUAAUGGCAGAAGUUAGACAAGUGGUGCUACUCUAAUGUAUGAUAUG